AUGUGUGAUGAAACGCAUGCUUUGAAGGACAGUUCGCGGCCCUGUAGUUCGUGUAACGUUCGCCGGUUGGUGUUCAGUAGAUUAGAAUUACAUCCACAGUCUUCCAUCCCCCAGGAAUUAGCGGGAUUGGUGUAUGUGAGAUGUCCUAGUUUGCGGGAUUUUGAUCUGAGUUCGGACUACGAUUUUGGCGUACGUUAUUGCUACAAGCAACCGGACCUGCUGUUAUUGAAGGACGAGCGGGAGUCGUUGAUUUUCUUCACGAAGAGAGGAUUGUUGUAUAGUCUGGAUUUAUGCACGUACAACUUGCAAUUGAUUCGAGUGUUGAUGAUAGAGCACGCAUCCUCGAGGCCGUCUGUUUCCGAACGGGUCACAUCGGAGAGGAUGUUGUCAGACAAAUCUAUCUUGGAAAGGACCUUAGAGACAUCUGGCUUGGUUGUGGGUGUGCCCGAAACUGUCAAGUACGAAACCGAGGCGAAAGUGAAAGCGGAAAAUGCCAACCUUGUCGCCAGUGUCUUGGCCCAGGCACAGCAAGCCGCACGGGCCGCUAAGGCGCUCAAGGAGACGCAGAGCUCACCCCCCGCUAAGGUUUCCCGCAGACAACUCUCAGUCCUCGGCUUCGAUAUCCCCUCAACCGACAACGAUACGAACCGACAGAAGGGACCCCGAACCCUAGUCAAAGGACGCCUAUCCCAACCCAAAGGCGUAUCGGAACUAGUCAAGGCCGCGGAGGACACAGCCCUCCUCGAGGACGAAGCUUCACUCAUCUGCUUCAUCUGCCUUCGACAGUUCACAACCAAUAACGAACUCCAACGACACAUUCUCAACAGCAUGCUCCACCGACAUUUGGAACGGCUAGGAGGCACUCAACCAGCUGGCACGCAUCCAUAG